AUGGAUCACUAUCAGCCCCCGAACUCCAAGAAGCUAAUGAUGUUUCGCACACCCAACGAGGAGGAGGCGCUCAAGAACCAGAUCUUCAUCUUCAACUCGCCGAUUGACUACAAGGACCAGCAGCUGAUUGUGUACCAAAAGCCGGGGAUCCUCAACGGAGACAAGGACUACGGCUACUGUGUGGUCUACAAGCGGGAUCACUAUGUGCUGAACAAUCCGCCCAACUUCAAGAGUCCCACGAAGAGGAGCUUCCUCAACGAGUGCAUCCGUCAGUUGUAUCUGAUGAACGGCAUGGGUCACAAGAUGUACUGGAGGACCACCAGUGCGAUGGCGUUGAGUACACCCGGCGAGGUCUGGCACCAGGUGAACAGUUGCCUGCUGCCGGAGAGACUAACGCCCCACAAGGAGAGCCUCAAGCGGGUGAAGAGACAGCUCUUCCGGGAACCCAGGGCAGAUCGCAAGAACCCAAAGCCCCUGAAGGGCAGAGUCUGGGGCACUCAGGUCUUUUGCUUCAAGUCGAUGCGUGAGAAGAUUGGAAGGAAAUACAUCCGCAGGGGCUACCUGACCAUUGCCCGCCGCGAAGCCCUGCAGGAGAUGAUCCGUGAACAUCUGCAACGCGAAAUGGUCUGCACUCCGGCCGUUUGCAAUACCGUAAUCACUGCUGCCGAUGGGAUCUUCAAUGCCAAUGCCGGAGUCAUCGGAGACAUUUGCAGCUACCACAACAAUGCGGCCCGUCAUCAGCCCGCCGUGGAGUGCCGUCUUACGGCCGGAGAAGCCCGUCUGCGGAACCACGAGGCCUGUCGCCUGACCAACCGGGCCAAGCGGCUGGAGGCCAUGUUCAUACACGAGCAGGUCCGCCGGGCCGUCCAGAACCACCAGUUUAUCCUCGAGGAGUCGGUGCGCUCCAUCUACUAUGCCAAGGAGCUCUUCCGCCUGAUCGAGGACCACGAGGAGUUCGUCUACACGGACAACAAGAUACUGGGCAAGAUGUGA